GUUCCUCUUUUCCUGGAUACAUAUCAACUGUCAGAAGAAACCAAGAAACCAUUAGCCAAGCAGGAAAAGAGCCUACCUGCCAAAACAGCAGGACAGAGAUGCUUUUCAGCGACACUGACGCUGUGUGUGGGUGAGGGAGCUGAUCCAGGGAUGGAGGACUUCAGGAGGGCCUACCUGCGGCUGUGUAAGGAGGCUGGCGUGGAGCCCCAGGAGUCGGUCCUGGUUCAGCUCCAGGAGGCCCGGGCCGUGGCCGGCGGAACCAGACUGGACCUGAACGGCCAGAGUCUGACGGUGGAGUCGUGCGCCGUGCUGGGCAGGACGCUGCAAAAGGACACGCUGUUCACUGAGCUUGUGCUCAGCGACUGCAUGCUCAGCGAGGAAGGCGCCAAGCUCUUCCUGAACGGGCUGUGUUCCAACACCACAGUUAGAGCGCUGGAUCUGAAGGGAAACAACUUAAGAGGAGCCGGUGCGGAGGCUUUGGGGAAGUUGCUGGUGAGGAACAAGACGUUACGAAGGCUCGUUCUGGAGUGGAACGCUCUCGGCAUGUGGGAAGAGGGCUUUUCUAUAUUCUGUGAAGGUCUCGCCUCUAACGGUUGCCUUACCCAGCUUGACCUGCGCAACAACCAGAUCAACCACCAGGGGGCAGCAGAGCUCGCCUUAGCUUUAAAAAGGAACUCAGUCCUCCAGGAGCUCGAUCUGCGGUGGAAUAACAUUGGUUUAUUGGGUGGUCGCUCCUUGCUGGAUGCUCUGCAGCAGAACCGCACUCUUCUCCAGCUCGAGAUGGCCGGCAACAACAUCCCCAGCGACAUCCUCAGAGCCAUCGAGCAGUCUAUGGAGCACAAUGCAGACCGGCAGUCCUCUCUGAGAGAGAGCCGCUCCAGGACCCAGGUGCUCAGCAAGGAGAUCCAAAAUCUAAAGGAGGAGAAGGGCCGGCAGUUUCUAAGUCUGAUGGAGACCAUCGAUAAACAGAGGGAGGAGAUGGGGAGAAGCAGCAGAAAUUCAUCGAUACGUCUAGGGCAGCUGCAAGAAGCGCUACAUGAACGGAAGUCAGCAGUGAACUCUCUCACAGCCAAGCUGCAGAUGACCGAAGCUGCGCUGGCUCUGUCUGAGCAGAAGGUCAAUAACCUGGGAGACCUGCUGACCAGACUGAAGCUGGAGAAGACUGAGCUCAUGGACCGGCAGUCCAGAGAAAUAAAGAAGCUUCAAGAGGAGAGUGUCCUGCGAGAAGGGAAGCUUUUAAGGGAGACCAACAGUCUGUCUGAGAAGAACCACCAACUGAAGAACAAGCUGGACGAGAGUGAGCGACGGUGCAAAGCUCAGCAAGAUCAGAUCUUUGAGCUGAAGCAGGAGCUCACAAACUCCACUGCAGAGCUGAAACUGCGUCUGGCCCAGGCUGAAGAGCGUUUGGACAUGGAGAAGAGAAGAUCCAAACAAGCUCUUGAAGACAUGGACAGUUUACGACAGAAAGAGGUAGAUCAUGUCAACAGGCACCUGGAGGAGAGCGAGAGGGCUUUACAAGAUCGUAUUCUCAAACUGGAGGGCCAGCGGAUCCAGCUGGAGGAGGAGCUGAGCCGAGUGAAGGCCGCUAUGGUGACCGAGAGAGCGCAGGCGGAAGAAGAGCUGGGGAAAGUGCGGACGCAAGUGCGCCUGGAGGAGCAGCAGCAUCUGAGCAGCAUGGAGGAGAAGCUCCGGAGCACACGUCAGUCCCGGGACGAGGCUCAGAGCCACUGCGCCCAGCAGAAACAGACCAUCGCCGAGCUGCACGCACGCGUCGGCCAGCAGAGCAUCGAGAUGGACGCCCUGCGCCGCAGGAUAGAUGAGCUACAGCAGGAUCUGGCGGGGAAGGAGCAGGAGAAGAUGGCGGAGGUGACGCGGGUCAGGGUGGAGCUGCAGGAGCAGAUCGGCCACCUUCAGGCGGAGCGGACGGCUCAGAGUGGCCUGAAGGAGAAGAUCGCUGCUCUGGAGAGAGAAAUGAAGGCUCUUGGUGCCUCCCACCGCGAGGCUCUCCUGGACAAAGAGAGCGAGAUCUCUUCUCUGCUGGAGCGUCUGCGUAUGAAGGAGGGAGAGAUUCAGCGCAUGCGCGAGGACGAGGCGCAGAGAGCCAGCUUCCUCCAGAACGCGAUACUUACCUACGUCCAGGGCUCACCGCUCGGACAUUACAGCCCCAAAAAGUGACCCCCAGCCCUCCUCAACAGACACAGUCAGCAUUACAACCACGCACUUCCUCUCACGUCAGCUGGACAUCAACUUAUCUGAUUAAUAAACACUCCUGGCUGGUUUUUAGGAUAUUUGAUGUGCGGAUUUGUACAUUUUUUGAACGUUGUUUAGUUUUGAAAUUUUCUGGUUUGGACCAGAGGACGUAAAAUGCAGCUGCUUGAGGUGGCUUUGCAUUUUGUCACUGUUGUAACUGAACUCCAUAUCUCUGAAAAGCUAACUUUACAGGGGAAACAUGUUCUUAAAGGGGAAUUCCACCCAUUUUGUAAAAUGUCCACAUAAUUCAGUGUGUGAGACGUAAACAGAGUGAUUCAGAGUGGUUUGCUGUGAAAUGGUUCAGAUGUCUUUACAGUGGUGGUGA